GCGGCCGGCAUAGAGGGGUCGGUCUGUCCGUCCGUCUGUCGGUCCGUGUGCGGUCCGAGGUGUCGCCCCUCCCCACAUGAGCCUCCCCCGGGAUGAGCUCCAAGGCCAAGCGGGUGCUGCCCACCCGCCCUGAGCCCCCCAGUGCCGAGCAGAUCCUGGCGGACGUGCAGGGCACGCUGCCCUCCGACCCCGUGUUCGUCCUGCCCGCCGAGCCCCCCCUGGACCCCCCAGGCCCCGCUCCAGGCUGCCCCGAGCCCGCGGCCGAGGAGCGGGAGCGGCUGUACCGGCAGAUCCGCUCCUACGUGGGGAUGAACCAGCGGCUGCAGCAGUCCCGGGAGCAGCUGCGGGAGUGGCGCCGGGAGCUGCAGAGGGUCGGGGAGGCGCUGGAGCGCGGCAUUGCUGAGAUGAGGCAGAAAGCGUUCUGAGGGACCGUGC